AUGCAAUGGCCAGACGGUGCUGGGUCACGUGGCCCCAGGUCAGCGCGGGGACUACGACUCCCGGCGUGCCCCGCGGGCGGCAGCGAGAAAUACGUGGCGCCGGAGCCGGAAGUGGCUGCUACUGCGAAGUCGCGGGACUGCCGGGCAAUGGCCACGGGAACAGACCAGGUGGUCGGACUCGGCCUCGUCGCGAUUAGCCUGAUUAUCUUCACCUACUACACCGUCUGGGUGAUCUUUUUGCCAUUCAUCGACAGCCAGCAUGUCAUCCACAAGUAUUUCCUGCCCCGAGCCUAUGCUGUCGCCAUCCCGUUGGCCGCAGGCCUUCUGCUGCUCCUGUUCAUAGGAGUAUUCAUCACCUAUGUGAUGCUGAAGAACCAGAAGGUGACCAAGAAGGUUCAGUGA